CCUCAACUAAUCCCCCCUCCCUUUCUCUCUCUCUCUCUCUCUAAAAAUACCCAGAUUCAAUAUCCAUUACCAUACUUAUACACCCACAGAAAUCUAACCUUAUACACACAGAUAUCAGGAAUAUAACCCUGUUUGUAUACCCAAUAAAUCAAUUUGAAAGCUUGUAUUUUUGGAAAGAGAGAGAAUAAGAGAGAUGCAGCCCAGCAACGGUUCUGAUCCACAAAAACAGGGGCAGCAACAGCACCGCCCUGCGGCGGCGCCGUCCGCGGCGCUGCAGCAGCAGCAGUGGGUGGCGGCGAUGCAGUACCCGGCAGCGGCGGCGAUGGUAAUGCAGCACCACGGGAUGAUGCCGGUGCCGCCGCCGCCGCAUUACGCGCCCCAGUACCUGCCGUACCACCCUCACCACUACCCUCACCCGCAUCAAUACCAUCACCAUGUUCAGCAGAACCAGCAGCAGGGAUCCAACGGCGAGAACAAAACCAUCUGGGUAGGUGAUCUGCAUAAUUGGAUGGACGAGGAUUACCUCCACAGCUGCUUCACUUCCACCGGAGAGGUCACCUCCAUUAAGGUUAUUCGAAAUAAACAGACUGGGCUGUCAGAGGGUUAUGGAUUUGUGGAGUUCUUUUCCCACUCUGCAGCAGAUAAAGUCCUACAGAAUUAUACUGGAAAACAAAUGCCUAAUACUGAACAACCUUUCCGCUUGAACUGGGCUUCAUUUAGCAUGGGCGAUAAGCGUGCAAAUAAUGGUUCUGAUCUUUCUAUAUUCGUAGGAGAUUUAGCCUCAGAUGUUACGGAUAGCCUACUACAUGAAACUUUUUCGAGUAAAUAUCCUUCCAUAAAAGCUGCUAAAGUUGUCAUUGACGUCAAUACUGGCCGUUCAAAAGGUUACGGUUUUGUAAGGUUUGGAGAUGAGAAUGAGAGGUCACAGGCUAUGACUGAAAUGAAUGGUGUAUAUUGUUCAAGCAGGCCUAUGCGCAUUGGAGUCGCAACUCCUAGAAAGUCAUCUGGCUAUCAGCAGCACUAUUCCUCUCAAGGUGGAUAUGUAUCAAAUGGUGGUCCAGCCCAGGGCUCCCAGUCUGAAGGAGAUUCUACAAACACAACUAUAUUUGUUGGAGGGCUUGACCCUAAUGUCACGGACGAAGAUCUGAGGACGCCUUUCUCUGAGUAUGGUGAUAUAGUCUCCGUGAAAAUACCAGUUGGGAAGGGCUGUGGGUUCGUACAAUUUGCUAACAGAAAUAAUGCUGAGGAGGCCCUGCAGAAAUUGACUGGCACAACAAUUGGAAAGCAAACGGUGCGGCUUUCUUGGGGACGAAAUCCAGCAAACAAGCAGUUGAGAGGUGACUUUGGCAGCCCAUGGAACAGCCCAUAUUACGGAGGGCAAAUGUAUGAGGGCUAUGGAUAUGGUUUGCCACCGCCACACAGUCCAAGCAUGUACGCUGCGGCUUACGGGGCUUAUCCAAUGUAUGGCACCCACCAACAACAAGUAAGUUAAAUGGCUCUACCCAAGGGAAGAGUACGUUUAGUUCUAGCAUCCAGACAGUUGCAGACCCGCGUCGUUACAAUGGCCUUCUCUUUUCCAUGGUUGGCUCGGUCUGUAGAAUUUUAUGAUCCCCUCCAGAUGUGCGAGUGGAAAUGAAUUUUGUUGUCACGAGGUAGUCUUAUGUAGGGAUUUUGAGGGAAAAAAAACAUUUGUUUAGAAGUUCAGAUUUAACGUGAAACUUCUCGAUUGGAAUAAAUCGAUCUUUCCAA